GAAUCAGCUGGGGGGGUUAAUGUUCCCCUUUUAUCUUCGGUUGUUUGUGGUGGUCAAAUUUCGAUGAUGAUUAGCUGAGUGAUUUUUUUUUAAUUGUCGUCUGCCUCGUUUUUCUUCUUUCUUUUCUUUUUCUCCGUCUUUCCUUUUCCUGCUUUUCUCGACUAUCGUGGAUCUCGUCGGCUGAGGCAGGUUACCGGAGCUGGACACAGGUAGAACCCAAGUUAGCAACAGAAACAACAAUGGGACCGGCAAGAGGGUCGCACAAGUCUUACGAGAACUCGUCCGGGUUGGAAAAUCGACCAGGGGGCAGUAAGAGCUAUGAGUGGCAGCGAAGAAACAGAGGGGUGUCAGGGAGAGAGCAGCUUGAGGGAGUGCCGCCAGUUGCAGGGGGGAAGAUGUCACUCGACCGAAAAAUUGAGCCCCCAAAGAGUCAGUCAGAAGUUGGGGCAGUUUGGGGUGGAGGCUGCGGGCGGGGAGAUUUGAAAACGCGGCAAGUUACUUUGCAUUCAACAAUGGCAAUGCGUGCAAACCAGUUCACCCAGUUGAUUGUUCCCCAGAGUGUCUCCAAGCAUACAGUAAGAACGUCACAGGCAAACGGUGUCUCUCUCUCUUCCUCUCUCUCUCUCUCCUCCCCGGAAAUUCCCAUUGACAUGAGCGGGCGGAGGUGCUCGGGACGAAUAACAUCGCAGUUCGUCAAAACUUAGCCAGUGUCCCAAGACGGGGAGAUCGGUAACUAGCUCAAGUAGUCUGAAGGCCUUUACGAAUCACAACAAGGCAAAUCCUAAGGUUAAGGCCAAUUGCUCAAGUCCCCGUUGU